CCUUCCCCAGAGCCAGCGCCAGAGCAAGGAGACCCUGAGUCCGGCCCGCCGCUACCUCCGCGGCCCGCGGAGGGCGCCGCCGUUGCCGUGCUGCUGCCGCCGUCUCCGCCAGGCCGCGCCCCGCCCCUCCCGCUGCCGCCGCCGCCGCCGCUCCCCGGUGAGGCUCGCGCUCGAGCUGCGGCGCCGGCUCCCGCCGCUUGGGCCCCGGGCCCGGCCCCUCCCGCGCCUCCCGGGCGAUGAGAAGCUGCUUCUGCGUGAGACGGAGCCGGGACCCGCCACCACCGCAGCCGCCACCGCCCCAGCGGGGAACAGACAAAUCCACCAUGCCUGAAGUUAAAGACCUUUCAGAAGCCUUGCCAGAAACAUCAAUGGACCCCAUCACGGGAGUGGGGGUGGUUGCUUCUAGGAACCGAGCCCCGACAGGCUAUGAUGUAGUUGCACAGACAGCAGAUGGUGUGGAUGCUGACCUCUGGAAAGACGGCUUAUUUAAAUCCAAGGUUACCAGAUAUCUGUGUUUCACGAGAUCAUUUUCCAAAGAAAAUAGCCAUUUAGGGAACGUGUUAGUGGAUAUGAAGCUCAUUGACAUCAAGGACACACUGCCUGUAGGUUUCAUCCCAAUUCAGGAGACGGUGGACACACAGGAAGUGGCUUUUAGAAAGAAGAGGCUAUGCAUUAAAUUUAUACCACGGGAUUCAACUGAAGCUGCAAUUUGUGACAUUCGAAUCAUGGGCCGGACCAAGCAAGCACCUCCUCAGUAUACCUUUAUUGGGGAACUGAACAACAUGGGGAUCUGGUAUCGAAUGGGCAGAGUGCCAAGAAAUCAUGACUCAUCUCAACCCACAACUCCUUCCCAGUCAUCAGCUGCUUCCACCCCAGCCCCCAACCUUCCCAGGCACAUCUCUCUAACGCUCCCUGCUACCUUCCGAGGCAGGAACAGCGCGCGGACUGACUAUGAGUACCAGCACUCCAAUCUCUAUGCCAUAUCAGCAAUGGAUGGUGUGCCUUUUAUGAUUUCAGAGAAGUUUUCUUGUGUUCCAGAAAGUGUGCAGCCCUUUGAUCUCCUGGGAAUCACUAUCAAAUCUCUGGCAGAAAUUGAGAAAGAGUACGAGUACAGCUUCCGCACGGAGCAGAGCGCCGCCGCCAGACUGCCACCCAGCCCCACCCGGUGUCAGCAGGUCCCGCAGUCCUGAGGAGCCAGCGCCACUCUGCAGGGAGAGGACGCGCCUCCCGUCCAGACUACUGAGUGGGGCGCGGCUGGGGCUGCAGGUUGCCCCCCUGCCCCGUCCCGUCCCUCCUGCCCGUCCUCCCACCCUUCCUGGGACAGAGGCCCCGCAGCCACCAGCCAGCCCUCCCUCCACACCGCUAACCCGGGGGCUUGUCUGGGAGACUCUGGGCAUCUGAGUUGUUAUGUUCUUGUCAACAGCUUGCCUGACACGACACCCCACCUCCCUGGGGACGUUGUUCAUAAUCGCGACUAAUCUGUGUUUGCUGUAGUGACCAGAAGCUCCUGACAUGUCUGUGUGGCAACCAGUUAUCCUGAGAAAAACCUUACCUACCACGGGCAUCACCCCCAAAGGCCCUGGCAGUUAGCCUGGCCUCUCAGUGAUGCCCACUAGCUCCUUCUCUCCUGACUGCUGCCUGCACAACCUCCUGGAAACCCCUGGCGGUGGCUUUGCAUAGGACCCUCCAGGGCUUGCUGAUGACCCCAGAUCCAGGGCUGCCUGUGGAACAAGUCUCAACACUGGCGGGACCAAGUGUCCCAGGCGUUUCACGGCAACCCUGGGGAAACACAGGAGGAAGAAGGCAGCAGGCCCUGGGCAGCCAGAGCCCGGCAUUCUGCCCAUCUCAGACAUCCUCCGACCCAGUCGUCAGUUUCUCACACUGGAGGUUCCCAGGUCAGGAGGCAGCACGCCCAGCCACUGGCACAGAGAGGGCUGCUGCCUUCUGGGGCGAGAAGGCUGCGUGGCUGAGUGCUCACCUGUGAGUUUUGCCUCCCAGGGCAUUAAGCUCAUCCAGUUCACCCCCUUUUACCCCCAAAGGGCUGGUCAAUGGACCUCCCAGGUGCCAACAGCAGCUUCAACUGCCAGUGACCACAGGGACAGGCACUCCCAGGGCCUCCGGUGACGAGGCCAUGGGGGCCAGCGCCCAGCCGUGAUGAGAUGCGGACAGUGGUCACUGACCUCAGAGGGCACACUGACCAGUGCCUCUUGACAGCAUCUGCUAACAGGAACAAGUUUUGAAAAGUCCCUCUGACCCAGGUCACCAAAUGUGAGCCAGAACUGACAUCUUUGCUUAGAGUGUCCAUCAGCAGUGCCGGCAGCGAUCAUGGCUGGCUGCUCAUUUGCCAAGAGAAUGGUGGGCAUUGUCAUCCCCUGAGGCUUGGGCCAUCACCUAGGUGGGCUGCCUUGUCUUCAGUGUCUGUUGAGUUUCUUUUCCUCUAAUUUCACAGACGGUUGGUAUCUUGUAUCUUGAGGCCCCCCAGAUGGCUGGGUCUUUGGACAUGAGAGUUUGAUGCGUGUGUCUGGAGGCUGGAGUGUGGGUGCGCCAUGGAGAGCUGGACAGGUGGGCCUCUGCCCCAGCCAGGGCACAGACCCCCAUCCCCACCCCUGCUUUGCAGUUCCUAAGAUGGCACAUGAUCAGCGGGGUCUGGCUGGGUGUCUGGGGCAUAAAAGGAACUGCAGGAAGAACUGGCCAAACACAGUUAAGAGGGGGUGGCCGCUGCCUAAAAGGGUGUACCGGGGCAAAAAAUACCUCAUGUACCUGCAUCAGCCCCUCCAUCUCCAGACCCCUCAGGCCUCUUCCUGCUCGGGUCACCCCUGCUCUUCACUUUGGCCAGAAUGUGCUUGGUCAAACCUUGAUACCUCUUGAUUGCUGUGUGUUGGGAAAUGGUUGCCACACACAGCACCUUCCUUGAGACCUGAGGAUGUCCCUGGUGGGGGCUGACCUUCCCAAGCCACCUGCCCAGUGUGGUAGUAGGAAGAGGCAGUUAGUUCACAGAACCGGCCAUCCCCAGGGCUGAGCCCCCACCUCACCCAGGAGGCCCAGGGGCCAAGAUAUGGGGUCCCCAUGAGGAGCUGGCAUGGGGUGGAUGCUGCACCAGGAGAGCAUUGAUGAACUGGCCUUAAAUUUAUCUACUAAAAUAAGCUAGUUUUGUUUCUGAGGUCUUUGAGGGACCCUGUGGAGCCCAGAGAACCAGUGUUUAUCAUUGCUGUUUGAAGAUGAUUUUGAAUGGUCCAAAAUCAAGGAACCCAUGUGUGCAAAGCCCCUCCAGAGAUGACGUCCAGCAGGAGUGGAGGGCGUGGUGAGAGGCUGGGGGAAGGCUCUGGCCCCUUCUGUCUGGUUAAUUUGGUGUGUGCUUUGUGUUUCAAUCUCUUUUCAUGCCCUGGUCGUGAGAUUUAUCUCUGAUGGUAACACCCAGUGGCUCUUCUCUCCUCCCUUGAAAAUGAGGUGUUUCAGCAAUUCUGAUGGGCCCUAGAGGGUUCAAAGAUGGUAAGAUGCGAUCCCUGUCGGUGAGCAAGAAGGCAGAGCCGAGCAGUGAGUGUGGUUGCCGGGAGGGGGGAGGCAGUGCCCACUGCUGCCCUCAUUCCCGCGCUCCAGCAAGGCCUGACCGGGCGCCCGCUGCUGGCCAUUCGCAGGCAUUGGGACACACAGAACAAAGUCAGGGCUGCAGAGCCACCAGGAAAGAGAGCUACCCUGUGCAAACUCAUGCCAGCUGCAGAGACAUUUUCAGUAGCAUUACAGAGUUAGUUUAGAUAUAACAUUGACUGUGAAUGUUGUAAUAAAUGGCAGCUUAAAACAAUUAAGCAGUGACAGUGUUAAGGACAAGUUGGUGUCUGUGGUAGAUAUUAGGCUGCUCCUGACCCUCUGUUUACCUUCUGAGAGGUGGGUAAGGAUGAGCAAGUGUGUGGUAUGACAGAGGUGUGUGUGUGUGUGCAAGUGUGUGUGCCCACCCUGCGUGGAGGCAUGUGCAGUCUGCAGCAGGACUGUGGUGCUUUGACUCACCCGAGGGACUGAGUGUCCUUUGGGAGAGUGCUUCCUUCACAAACUUUCUUGGCCACAGUGGGGAGAGAAGGACAAGGAUUUUCUUGGAAAUGUGAAGGGCUGCGGCCUCGUCUCUUGGAUCCUUCUGCCCCCGGCAUGCUCCACUGCUGCUGCCCAACACCCCUCUGUGCCCAGAGGGGACUCUCACAAAAACACAGCUUUCCCCAUUGCCUUCCUUUUCCCCUCUGAAAAUUCAAUGUCUCUUUCCAAGGGCCUUGGAAAUAGCACAAAGGUGAUAAGGAGUAGGCAGUUAGCUCCAAAUUCACUUGCAAAUGUAUAAUAAGGCCUUUCUCCCCACCCCAGUCAAAGAAUUAAUGCCAGCCACAAACCUCGGUUACUUGGAGAAACAAGAACCCGGGUCACGGUAAAGAGAUGACAGGUUAGAGCCCAGCCUGCCCCUACCCAGGGCAGGUGGCCUGCCGUGACCUGACAGCAGAGGUGGUUUUGCAGUAAGAAGCCGCUGGUGUUGGUUGGCAGUCCUCCUCCUCCUGCCCCUGCGUGACCCCGAGGGCAGGCGGGAGGAUGAGAGGAACUGGCAUGGACUAAGCACCUGCUCCUUGCUCCUUGCCAGGUGCUGUGCCAGGCACUUUAAGCACAUUAUUUCCUGUCAUUCCCCACAAGAGAAAGAGCCCCCAGAAGUGGAUGUUAAUUGCUCCUGUUACAGAUGAAGAAACUGAGACUUACCCCUGGGCACAUGGCUGGUAAGUGGCAUAGAAAGGGCUCCAAAGCCCACAUGCCAGCUGCCCCUCAUAAGCACAUGGCUUAUGCCAACCAUUCUGUUUCCAUUCCCGAUGCACUUCGUGGCCACUCUGGGUGAGUGGGCACCACUGCACAGUGGGUGCUGAGCACUGGGCAAGAGCUUGCCUGCCCUGUCAACUCCACCAGACAAGGGCUCCCCAAGGUCCGCGGGUUGCUGGCUGCCCCGUCAUCUGCCAUUGACUGGAAAGAGCAGCCUGCAGCUUCCAUGAGAACUAGGGGGCUUGAGGAUGAGGUCAAAGAAGGACCUUGAUGAAGCAGGCCUAUGCCUGCAAAGGCACAAAAAAAAGUGGAGUUGGUUUAAUUCAUUUCACUGUCUACCUUAAGUCUGGAGCCUGAGAAGGAGCCAGGCAUCCGCGCCCUUGCCCCCUUAGCUGAUGGAGCCCUUGGGUCUCUGCUCUGAGCUACGGGCCCAGGGGGCAGCUGUGGCUGUCACCACGAGGUGAAGGGGCUUUGUUCUUCCAGCAAAGGGUGUGCAAGCUGCUGUGCGUCGGUGCCAGGCCCUGGACAAGGAACCAGCCUGCAUUCACCAAGGAACGGCGCCCUUACCGCGUGUAUUUAUUUGAGGUGACUUGUACUUGGCAAAGGGAAAUUUCACUGUGUGAUUGCCUGUAUUCCUAAUAUAAUUUGUUAAAUAAACUUUCAACCUCUUUC